GAGUGAAAUGCCGAGACGGCGGUGCGACCUCUCAUAUCGGAGCACACCUUCUACAUCGGUGAAGCUGAACGCUCGAGUUGACAAAAUCUCAAUCUGAAAGAACUCAUCCGUACUCUGCAUGCGUAGCAGUCAGUAUGGAAGAUACUGGGCAGCCAUCAAUGGAGACUAACGGCGCAAAUGGCAGCGGGCGGGCGCCCGUCACUGAGGCAGGCGGCGGACCCGACGCCCAGGACGGUCUUCGGAGGCCCGUGACGGCAGGACUUGAGCAGUCAGCUUGGACGCAACAAGAAAAACGAGUUAUUAAAUCUACUCGGUACAGGCAGCUUUGCGAGCUCGGUGGAUCCGCCUCGUUUGAGCCUGCUUGCCUGGAGCGGCAAAUAGUUGCGGCGGUUGCUCCUGACAGAGAGCUUCCCGCGGUGGUUGGGCGGAUUCAUGAAAUAUACGAUGAAAUUCGGCGCAACAAAAAGGAUAUGAUAGACGGUGUUCCAGCACUGCGCGCGGUGAAGCAAAAGUGCACGAAUACAAACUGCGACAAUGAUGACCCGAAUGAUUUCAUUCCAAGCCGAGGGGGGGCCGUCGCUUGCAUGCGGUGCGGGGACUGUCAGUCAGACUACGUGAUCCAUGAGGGCGAGAUGUACCGGAAUUUCGCGGGAGAGGAGGAUCGCUCGCAUCACGGUCCUGCUUUGAACCCUCUUUACUCGGCGUCAUACAACCUGGGCACGCAAUUUACGGGUCUGCGCGGUCAGAAACGCAACACAGGUCGGGAGACCGAUUUCAGUGUCAGCAACAUCGGGCGGGACGGGGCGGCGGUGGGGGGGACGAUGGCUACACGUGUGGAGUACAAGGACGAUCAGAAAU